AUGUCCACCCCAAUGGAGCCCCUGAGCAGCCAUGAGAGGAUACUCAACAUGACAUACAGCGAGUGCUUCCAGUCUCGGAGCACCGUCCUCCAGGGGCAGCCGUUUGGGGGGAUCCCCACUGUGCUGUUCCUCAACGUCAUCUUGUGGAUGCUCGUCCUCGUGGUUUAUUCCUUCCUCCGGAAGGCUGCGUGGGACUAUGGGCGCCUGGCUCUGCUGAUCCACAAUGACAGCCUGACCUCGCUGAUCUAUGGGGAGCAGAGUGAGAAGUCAUCUCCCUCAGAGAUUUCCUUGGAGAUGGAGCGCAGGGACAAGGGCUUCUGCUCCUGGCUCUUCAACAGCUUGACCAUGAAGAACCAGGAUCUGAUUAACAAGUGUGGGGACGACGCGCGCAUCUACAUGAUGUUCCAGUACCACCUCAUCAUCUUCGUGCUCAUCCUCUGCCUCCCCUCCUUGGGUGUCAUUCUGCCCAUCAACUACACUGGCACUGUCCUGGACUGGAAUAGCCACUUCGCACGGACCACCAUUGUCAAUGUCUCCACAGAGAGCAGGCUCCUGUGGCUGCACAGCCUCUUCGCCUUCGUCUACUUUCUCACCAACUUCCUCUUCAUGGCUCACCAUUGCUUGGGCUUUGUGCCCAGGAAGAACCAACAGGUCACAAGGACACUGAUGAUCACCUAUGUGCCCACGGACAUCCAAGACCCAGAGAUGGUUAGCAAGCAUUUCCAUGAGGCCUAUCCAGGCUGCGUGGUGACCAGGGUCCACUUCUGCUAUGACGUCAGGACGCUGAUCGACUUGGAUGAUCAGAGGCGCCAUGCCAUGCGGGGCCGGCUCUACUACACGGCCAAGGCCAAGAAGACUGGUGGCAAGAUCAUGAUCAGGAUCCAUCCCUGCUCCCGCCUGUGCUUCUGCAGGUGCUGCACCUGCUUCAAGGAGGUAGAUGCAGAGCAGUAUUACAGUGAGCUGGAGGAGCAGCUGACGGACGAGUUCAACGCCGAGCUCAACCGCGUCCGGCUGAAGCGUCUUGACUUGAUCUUCGUCACCUUCCAGGACUCCAGGAUGGCAAAGAACGUCCUGGAAGAUUACAAGUACAUCUGUUGUGGUGUGUACCCCCAGCAGUCCUCAGUGACCACCACCGUCAAAUCCUACAGCUGGAGGGUCAUUCAUGCCCCACACCCCAAAGACAUUAUUUGGAAACACCUGUCCAUCCGCCACUUCAAUUGGUGGGCCCGCUUCAUCGCAAUCAACACCUUCCUCUUCUUCCUCUUCUUCUUCCUCACCACGCCUGCCAUCAUCAUCAACACCAUCGACAUGUACAACGUCACCCGCCCCAUCGAGAAGCUGCAGAGCCCAAUUGUGACCCAGUUCUUCCCCUCCGUGCUGCUCUGGGCUUUCACAGUGAUAAUGCCCCUGAUGGUCUACUUCUCUGCCUUCCUUGAGGCCCACUGGACCAGAUCAAGUCAGAAUCUGAUCAUAGUGCACAAGUGCUAUGUCUUUCUGGUGUUCAUGGUGGUCAUCCUACCCUCUAUGGGACUGACCAGUUUGGAUGUCUUCUUCCGUUGGCUCUUCGACAUCUACUAUUUAGAGCACGCCACCAUCAGGUUCCAGUGUGUGUUCCUGCCAGACAAUGGCGCCUUCUUCGUCAACUACGUGAUCACGGCGGCCUUGCUCGGCACAGGCAUGGAGCUGCUGCGCCUGGGGUCCCUCUUCAUGUACAGCACUCGCCUCUUCUUUUCCAGAUCGGAGCCCGAGAGAGCCCACAUCAGGAAGAACCAAGCCAUGGACUUCCAGUUUGGGCGGGAGUACGCGUGGAUGCUGAACGUCUUCAGCGUGGUGAUGGCGUAUAGCAUCACUUGCCCGAUCAUCGUCCCUUUUGGGCUUCUCUACCUGUGCAUGAAACACCUGACGGACCGUUACAACAUGUACUACUCCUUCGCACCCACCAAACUCAACGAGCAGAUCCACAUGGCCGCCGUCUACCAGGCCAUCUUUGCUCCGCUCCUGGGUCUAUUCUGGAUGCUCUUCUUCUCCAUCCUGCGAGUAGGUUCCCUCCACAACAUCACCUUCUUUUCCCUGACCACCCUUAUCAUUUCCAUGCUAAUUGCCUUUUUUGGCAUUUUUCUGGGGAAGCUCCGGACAGUCCAUGACUAUGAGUCCGAGGAGGAGAUCGAGACAGUGUUUGACAUGGAGCCAAGCAGCACGUCCUCCACGCCCACGUCCCUUCUCUACGUGGCCGCCGUACUGCAAGAGCCGGAACUGAACCUGACCCCAGCCUCCUCCCCAGCCCAGCACACCUACGGCACCAUGAACAGCCAGCAGGAAGAGGGAGAAGAGGAGAGCGGUUUGAGGGGCUUUGCAAGGGAGCUGGACUCUGCCCAGUUUCAGGAAGGGCUGGAACUGGAGGGCCAGAGCCAGUACCACUGAUCAAGACUCCAGUCAGGGGCUGGGGGACACCUGGCACGGGGAGGCAGGAGAGUGGCCCGGACCUCCCCACUCCCUCCCACAGACUUUGGGAAGCUCCAGGUGGAGACAUCUGCUGCCCGGCCACAGCCACAUGGAGACCUGACCUGCUGACCAAUUAGAACGGGAGGCUCUGGGCAGUGCCAAGGGAUCCCAGGAUGGGAUGGAGAAGGCCAAUGCCAAGUCUUGGGAGAGAUGGCUGAAACCCAGGACACAGACUGAGUGGUGGGUACCUUCCGGGGUCGAGAUGGAGAAGGUGUGUAUAAGGGAGGAGGCAGGAAGAAGCCCGCCCAGGCUCCCUGGGGUCUCCAUUGCCCCUGCUCCAGCUGUCCUUCAGGGAGCUUCUGCUGCUCCACUCCCAAAAGAGGCAAAGGUAUGUGCACUGGGUGUCACCCCGACUCUGGAGCAUCUCAGCACAGGAGGAUGAGGGGAUCUGUAAAGUCUCUGCACUUACAGCCCCAAGCAGGGGACAGCCGAGACUGCAGACCUGAGCAGAGGUGACUGAGCCCCUUUCUGUUCCUCUGCCCUUGUGAGAUGUCCCCAGGAGCGGCAGGGUGGAGGCCCUUUUCCUACUACUGCUAGGGUAGCUGGGACAAGGUUCCCCGGGCUCAUUAAACCAGACCUGUGUGCAUCCUGGUGAAGGGAGCCAUGGCAAGUUCUUGUGGGUUGAGAUAAGGUGGGGAGGAGCGGAGUCAGAGUUCAAGGAGGGGAGCUCUUACCCCCAAACUCCGGGGCAGUGGGAAAUGGUCACACCUCCCCAAACCCUGGGGCUGAGUAAGAAGAUCCUCAAAGCCAAAGAGAUGGCCACCAAGUGCUUCCCCUGCCUCUCAUCCAUCUUGAGUCCUGGGUCCCCAGCUUGGCCAAGAUGGGUGACAACUAAGGGUAAGAAAUCCAGGCUUCAAAAUGAAGGCACUGGCCAUCCCCUGCCCUCCAAGUAGGAUCCUAAGUGACCUCCAGUGUGGCCCUGGCUAAGACACUGCAGACAAGGGUGAGGAGGGAUGAGGGGUGCAUCUCUCCAUGGAGAAGCCAUUUCUGGUGGGGCAAGGAUGACCUCCCAGAGCUGCCUCCCACUGAGGCUUGGAGGAACUGAAUCUUGAACAAUGCUGGUGACCCUCAGCACCUCUGCCACCAUCCUGGGGGAGGGGGGAGGAGUAAAGGCCUCUGCCUCUUGACAGGCUGCCAUCAGGAUUACCAUGCCAUCAGCAUUACUCAGCCAGGGUCCUGAGUAAUGACCCUGGCUGCAUGUCCAGGCCCUUCUGGGGCCUGGUAAACCACACAAGCCAAGUUGCAUGGGGUCUGCGAGUUCCUGAGCUUCUUGAGCCCCCUCCUCCAUAGGUCUGGCUCCCUCCCUUCUUCCAGCCUGCUGCAAGUGGGCCCAGGUCCCCCUCACCUCAGUGUGUCCACCGUCCCAGGCACAUGGCUCCCUGAAUGCAGAUCACAUAGGCCCAUCCCUAGUCUGACUUUGCCCAGCUUCAAGCCUCACCCCAGGUGAGAAACAGCCACUCGAGGGACCUAGAGCACUAUUUUCCCAGGGCUUAGCCCUGACUUUGGCACGGAAGAUCCUUCCAGAGAGCUUGGGUCAUCUGGGGAGGAAGCUAUCUUCCAUCCCUUCUCCAGCUUGGAAUAAAGGAAAAAGUAUACCCAUCCAGGCCCCAAGCACCCAGAUCCCACAGGAACCUCUCCCCUGGAAUGUCACCCACCAAGGAGGGGAAAGCACCCUCCUGUAGCUGAGUGGUCCAGCCCAGAAGGGAGCUCUGCCCACAGUGGGAAAUGACCGGCACCAGGCCCUACCUGCCCUGGCUAGUGGCUAUUUGAUAUGUAUGGGGUGUGGGGUGCUGACAGAGGCUGGUCUGGGGCCUGUCCUUCCCUGGGCACUACUAGACCUGCCCCUGGCCCUGCAGCCCUGCUGGACUGUUGCUGCUGGUCCUGCCGCCGGGCCUUCCCUCUUCCCCCAUUCCCCUGAAGUCCAUGGAAGCAUCGUAUGGGAAGGGCUCUGCAAACAACGUGGCAGACGGCUGGGGACUUCCAUCUAAAUCUGAGUCAAGUACUGGUGUGACUGUUGAGGAAGUGCCAGAUCUACUUGCUUCUCUACUUUUCCUGGAGACCCAGGGCCAUGGAGAAGGCCCUGCUGAGCAUACUUGACCUCAACCUCCCAUGGUCACUGACUGGGGACCGAGGGGUCCUUCAGCUCCUCACAUGCAUACCACAUCCAGGCCCUCCCUGAGAACUUCCCCUCUCCCACCUCCCCUCCCAGCCCACACCCGUCUUGGCCUGUCUUCCACCAUCCCACCCUUCCCCACCCCAAAUCCAUCCAUAUAAUCCUUUCUGGAGGGAGCUGCCUCUUGGGGACUUGGUGUGGCCUAGAGCCUCCCAGAGGGGCCUCCCCAGGCCUUGAGCAGCCCCGGCCCUGCCUGCCUGGCCCUCAGUUGCCUCUGGAAGCAAAGUGCCUAUCAGCAGCAUUGCGUCCUCUAGGGGCCCUGGAGGGGUUGUGGACUAACCUUGGCCACCACCACUAAAGGAAUGUGCCAGAAUGCUGAACCUUCUUGUUAUCAAUGCUAUGACUGUGCCUUGAAUAAAUAAGUCCUCCCAACCUC